AUGUUACCAGCUACAUAUGGACCCUCAGCAACCAUAGACGAUCUAGUAGACUGGUUAGACGAGGGGGGGGGCGAUGAUCUCGAUAGGUGGGAUAAGGAUCCUUUGGACCUGACUGAGGAGGACUACGCGCAAGCUCUUUCUGCUGUUCAAGCUCAAGAACCUCAGUGUGUGCUUAGCCUCGCACCGGUAUCUUUGGACGACGACGAAGCUGACGAGAACGGGGAGGACUACGGCAGUGAUGAGGAGGACGACAGCGACGAUGAAGAAGCAAGUUCUCCCAUUCUUUUCAAGGGCAGGGACAUUGUCCUUGCCAAUGAGGAUGACUAUGACCAAGACUUGGACUCGGACUACGAACUCGAUCCUAACCUUGACGCUGAUUGUGACAUCGACAACGGAGAUGAUAUUGGCAACUCCAAUGACAGCACUCCAGCCGCAUAUGAAAGUCCUAAGUCCCCAUCCCCCAAGCUCGCAAGCCGUUUCGCCACCGGAGGCAGAUUGUGGAGCAACCUGUCCCAACUGCAAGUCCUCCACGUGGCCUGGCACGCCUGGAGCAGUUUCAAACCAUCCAAAGCGACGAUUUCCUUGAGGCUAUUGACCACAUGA